AGGGCCUCUGCCUGCUGUCGCUGCUGGUGACGGAGAGCGGCGCGGAGACCUUCGCCCAGAACUGCCUGGGGUGGCUGCGCAGCCUCCAGCACCUGCUCCAGUCCCAGGAUCCGCCUGCCACCAUGGAGCUGGCCGUCCCGGUUCUCCGGGAUCUCUUACGCUAUUCCGCCCAGCUGCCCGAAGUGGCCCGGGACAUCGGCACCAACCACAUUCCCGGACUCCUCACCUCCUUGCUGGCCCUCAAACCGGAGUGCCAGCUGCCCGUCCUGGAAGGAUGCCAGGCGUGCAUGAGCUUUUAUCCCCGAGCCUGUGGCUCCUUGCGAGGCAAAUUGGCCACCUAUUUCCUGUCUUGCAUGGAUGUCGAAACGCCUCACCUGCAGCAGUUGGCCUGCGAGUGCUACGCGCUCCUGCCUUCCCUGGGCGCAGGAUUCGCACAGGGGCUCAAGUACCGGGAGUCGUGGGAGCAGCAAGCACAUUCUCUGGUGGCCACCCUGCACCGCCUCCUGGGCAGGCUGUACGAGGGGGCCGAGACGG